AUGAUUGAAUCUAUACGUGGUCAAUUUUAUGGCGCUUACGCAAAAAUGGCUACUUAUAAGCUUCCAGAUCUACUAACUGGUCAAUCAUCAUCCAGUGCUAUACUACUUUUUGGCGGUGGAAAAGUUCCAACCAAUGAACUCAAUGUUAUCGCCGUCGGUUGGCAAGUUUCAACAAUAUACGAAACUAGUUAUCCUCGAUUUUUUACUUUUUGGAAUAUUGACGAGAAGAGUAAAACGGGAUGUGUGAAUUUGCAAUGUGCUGGUUUUGUUAGCACCACUAAUAUUUAUGGACCUGGAAGUUUUAUUCCCCAAUUGUCCAAUUAUGGCUAUGAAACAAAAUUUCUAUCAAUACUAAUCACUAGGGAUUAUAAUACAGGGAAUUGGUGGGUGACGUAUAAUGAUGAACUACCUCUUGGGUAUUUCCCCAAGGAAUUGCUUCCAAAGAUGGAGGAUAAUGCAUUGUUGGUUCAAAUGGGUGGGGAGGUUGUCUCUCCCUUGAAUGUGCCAAGCCCGCCGAUGGGCAGUGGUCAUCCAAGUAAUGAAGGACCUAGUAAAGCUGCUUAUUUCAUUGAAGUUCAGUUUGUGGAUGAGCAUAAUAACUUGUUCGAUCCGUAUCCUGCUGAUCUUCACUCUCAUGCUGAUAUUAGUGAUUAUUAUAGUGUAGCAGAUGAUCAUUAUGCAAAUGAUAAAGAUAAAUAUGUUUUUGCUUAUGGAGGAGCUGGAGGUUUCAAAUAA